AUGCAAAUCUUUGUUAAAACUCUUACUGGAAAGACCAUUACCCUUGAGGUCGAGUCUUCAGACACUAUCGAUCAAGUUAAAACUAAAAUCCAAGAUAAAGAAGGAAUUCCUCCAGACCAACAACGUCUCAUUUUCGCUGGUAAACAACUUGAGGACGGUCGUACCCUCUCCGAUUACAACAUUCAGAAAGAAUCUACCCUUCAUCUCGUUCUUCGACUUCGCGGAGGUAUGCAAAUCUUCGUAAAGACACUUACCGGUAAAACCAUCACCUUGGAAGUCGAGUCUUCAGAUACCAUUGAUCAAGUCAAAGCCAAGAUUCAGGAUAAAGAAGGAAUCCCCCCAGAUCAACAACGUCUUAUUUUCGCUGGUAAACAACUAGAGGACGGUCGUACCCUCUCCGAUUACAACAUUCAAAAAGAAUCCACCCUUCACCUUGUUCUUCGACUUCGCGGAGGAAUGCAGAUUUUUGUUAAGACCCUCACUGGCAAAACCAUCACUUUGGAAGUUGAGUCAUCAGAUACAAUCGAUCAAGUCAAAGCCAAGAUUCAAGAUAAGGAAGGAAUUCCCCCAGACCAACAACGUCUUAUUUUUGCCGGAAAACAACUAGAGGACGGUCGUACCCUCUCCGAUUAUAACAUUCAAAAAGAAUCAACCCUUCAUCUUGUUCUCCGUCUUCGUGGUGGUCAAUAA